GUACUAGAGAAGCAAUAUGACGUUACGAAGGCAAUAUCUACUGCUAAACCAACUAAGGCUGAUUUACGUAGAACUGCAGAAUUAGAAAAGUUCUUGGAAGAUGCGGGACUUUACGAAGGCAAGUCGGAAACUUCUAAGAGAAAAGAGGUCAUUGAUCGUAUCAAGGAGAUAACAAAAGUUUGGGUGAAACAACUGACACUUCUAAGAGGCUAUACAGAACAAAUGGUGGAGGAUGCAAAUGCCUUAAUAUUUACCUUUGGCUCUUAUGGACUUGGGGUACAUGGUCCUGGAGCUGAUAUGGACACUUUAUGUAUAGGGCCUUCAUAUAUCAAUCGCGAUGAAGAUUUUUUCGUUAUACUACAUGGAAUGUUGGAAGAGUUGGUAGAAGUGACCGAUUUGCAGCCCAUUCCUAAUGCUCAUGUUCCAGUUAUGAAAUUCAAGUUUGAUGGGAUAUCAAUUGAUCUUCUUUAUGCUAGUAUAUCUCUUUUGGUUGUCCCGGAAGAUCUGAAUAUAUGUGAUGUGUCAGUCCUAUACAAUGUUGAUGAGCCAACUGUUCGAAGUCUUAAUGGAUGUAGAGUUGCAGAUAAAAUUCUUAAGCUUGUUCCAAAUGUGGAGCAUUUUCGUACAACGUUACGCUGUUUAAAGUUUUGGGCUAAAUGUCGUGGUAUUUAUUCAAAUGUCACCGGUUUUCUUGGAGGGGUGAACUGGGCUCUCCUUGUUGCCCGAGUUUGUCAGCUCUUUCCGAAUGCUGCACCCAACAUGUUAGUUUCACGUUUUUUCAGGAUGUAUACACAGUGGCAUUGGCCAAAUCCUGUCAUGUUAUGUGAAAUUGAACAAGAGGAAUUGGGUUUUUCUUUUUGGGACCCUCGUAAGAAUCCUCGUGAUAGAACUCAUCAUAUGCCAAUCAUAACUCCGGCUUAUCCUUGCAUGAAUUCUAGCUACAACGUUUCAAUGAGCACCCUUAGGGUCAUGAUGGAGCAGUUCCAGUUUGGCAACAAGAUAUGCGAGGGAAUUGAGAUGAACAAGGGAUUAAAAUGGAAAGAUUUGUUUGAGCCGUAUUUGUUCUUUGAAAGUUAUAGAAACUAUCUACAGGUUGACAUAGUUGCUGCUGAUAAUGGAGAUUUACUUGGUUGGAGAGGUUGGGUUGAGUCCCGGCUGAGACAACUGACUCUGAAGAUAGAACGAGAUACCUUUGGAAAACUGCAGUGCCAUCCUUAUUCUAACGUGUAUCUGGAUCCAUCUAAGAGUUGUUCUCAUUCUUCAUUUUUUAUGGGUCUGCAAAGAAAGCAAGGGGAAAUAGUCCAAGAAGGUCAGCAAUUUGAUAUUCGUGGAGCUGUUGAUGAGUUCAAGCAUGCGGUCAGUAUGUACAUGUGGUGGAUGCCGGGGAUGGAUAUCUCUGUUUCUCAUAUUCGGCGAAACCAGAUUCCUCUUUAUGUUUUCACAACAAAUAAGAUUAGGCCCAAAUCCCAACAAGAAGGAUUGUGUAUGAAAAGAAAGGUGGACCAGAUCGAUCAUCAGGAAUCUCUAAAGAAGCGGAUAUCGAGUCGCCUUGAGUCUAGUAUAACUAAUUCAAGUAUGGGGUUGAUGCACCAGGAAAAAAGAAGCAGUUUUAUGUUAUUGAUGGUUUAG